UCCAGCACUGUGACCUUCUUCACAUGAUGCACGCCGCCCCCACGUGACUCAGCGCCAAUCACCGGCGUGGCGGUGCCGGGUGACGUCAGGGCGCGGACGGCGCAGGGCGGGGGGUUUAAGAGCUGUUGCUGUGGACGGAGAUACGGGUACAUGAGUGGCCAUUGAGGGCGGCCAGGGUGCCAGUGACCCCCCCCCCCAUCUGCUCGGUGUGCGGUCUGAGCUUCGAGGGGCUGAGCUUCGAUGGAGGACCACAUGGCGGGGAACAACAAGAAGAAGCGUUAUGAGUGCGACGUGUGUGGCAAGUCCUGGCAGUACCCGAGCGAACUCCAGUCCCACCGGCGGGUGCACACGGGCGAGAAGCCCUAUAGCUGCUCCACCUGCGGCAAGAGCUUUGCCCAGUCAUCCGGGCUGCGGGUGCACCGGCGGGUGCACAGCAGUGAGCGUCCGUUCCCCUGCUCCGAUUGCGGCAAAGGCUUCAAGUCAUCAUCGGACCUGAAACUGCACAGGCGCCUGCACACCGGGGAGCGGCCCUACACCUGCAGCGACUGCGGCAAGGGCUUCACCUGCUCCAACAGCCUGCUGGAGCACCGGCACACCCAUACCGGUGAGCGCCCCUUCACCUGCGCCCAAUGUGGCAAGAGCUACACCCGCUCCUCCAGGCUGCUGCAGCACCAGCAGGUGCACACCGGCGACCGGCCCUUUGGCUGCUCCACCUGCGGCAAGAGAUUUUUCAAUUUGAGGAGACUGGGGCAGCACCAGUGGGUACACAGUGGAGAGCUGCCCUUCAGCUGUUCUGACUGCGCCAAGGACUUCAAGACGGCGCAAGAGCUGGAGAUCCACCGGCGGGUGCACACGGGCGAGAAGCCCUAUGGCUGCUCCACCUGUGGCAAGAGCUUUGCCCGGUUGUCGGGGCUGCGAGUUCACCGCCGGGUGCACAGCAGUGAGCGGCCCUUCACCUGCUCCGACUGUGGCAAAAGCUUCAAGUCGUCGCCGGAACUGAAGGCGCACAGGCGCCUGCACACUGAGGAACGGCCCUACAUCUGUAGCGACUGCGGCAAGGGCUUCACCCGCUCCACCCAUCUGCUAUCCCACCAGCAGGUGCACUCCGGCGAGAGGCCCUUCGGCUGCUCCGACUGCGACAAGGAUUUCAAGGGGCUGCAAGAGCUGAAGAUCCACCAGCGGGUGCACACGGGCGAGAAGCCCUAUUGCUGCUCCACCUGUGGCAAGAGCUUUGCCCGGUUCACGGGGCUAUCGGAGCACCGGCGGGUGCACAGCAGUGAGCGGCCCUUCACCUGCUCCGACUGCGGCAAAAGCUUCAAGUCGUCCACGCAACUGAAGGUGCACAUGCGCCUGCACAGCGGGGAGCGGCCCUACACCUGCAGCAACUGCGGCAAGGGCUUCAUCCGCUCCAGCGGCCUGCUGGAGCACCAGCGCACCCACACUGGUGAGCGUCCCUACACCUGCGCCCAGUGCGGCAAGGGCUUCGCCCGCUCCAACAGCCUGCUGGAGCACCAGCGCACCCACACCGGCGAGCGGCCCUACACCUGCGCCCAAUGCGGCAAGGGCUUCACCCGCUCCUCCAGCCUUCUAAACCACCAGCGGGUGCACGCCGGCGACCGUCCCUUCCCCAGCCCAGUGUGUGGAUAGCGCUUUGCCAUUGUGUCGUACGCCCUGUCUCACCAGCGCGUGCACACCAGUCGCCAGCCUACGACUGUCCAUACUGCGUUGAGGCGUAUGACAGUUUGCAGUUGCAGCAGCACCAGCGGGCCCACGUUGGCGAGCGGCUACUCCCACUGCAGCAAGCGUUUCAAGAGCGCACGGGGGCUGCGUGAGCACCAGUGGAUUCACACUGGAGAGAGACCCCUUGUGUGCACUGAGUGCGGCAUGGGUUUCAGCCACUUGUCCAGCCUGUGGCAGCACCGGUGUACCCACAACAGUGAGUGUCCCUUCCCCUGCCCAUCCUGUAGUAAGGGCUUCAUUCACCCAGCUUGACCACCUGCUGGAACACUGGCAAAUCCACACCAGCCAGUGCCCCUUCACCUGCCUGCUCUGUGGCAAGGCCUUUCUUGGUCCUCCAAAAUAUUCCAAAUGGAAUUUAAACUGGAGGUGGUACUUUGCCAUCUCCUCCAGCCUGCAGGCACACCGCCACGUGCAUAGGCACUGUUUAGGUAGACACAAAUGCUGAAAAGGAAAGGAUAACAUUUCGAGACGAGACCCUCCUCAGUCUCGACACGAAACAUUACCCAUUCCUCCUCUCCACAGAUGCUGCCUGUCCCGCUGAGUUACUCCAGCAUUUUGUGUCCUUUUUUGCACCUGCUGUUCCUUGAUUUUAAACGAUUCUAGUUAACUAUCUCUGCAACUUCCCCAAAGCCUCCACGUCAGCCCUGAAAUGUGACCAGAACUGUAUGCAAUACUCCAAAUACUACCUGACCAAUGUCCCUUAAAGCUGCACAUUUACAUCUACCCGAAAUGUCACCUAUCCAUGUUCUCCAGAGAUGCUGCCUGACCCGCCGAGCUACUGCAAGUUAGAGUCAUACAGUGUGGAAACAGGCCCUUCAGCCCAACUUGCCCACACCUAGCCACAUGUCCCAGCUACAUUAGUCCGACCUGCCGGCGUUUUAUCCAUAUCCCUCCAAACUUGUCCUAUCCAUGUCCCUGUCUAACUGUUUCUUAAACGUUCAGAUCGUUGCAGCUCCUCUGGCAGCUCGUUCCAUCACCCACCACCCUUUUUGUCAAAAAGUUACACCUCGGAUUCCUAUUAAAUCUUUUCCCCAUCACCUUGAACCCGUGUCCUCUGGUUCUCGAUUCCCCCACUCUGGGCAAGAGAUUCUGUGCAUCUAACUAAAUUGUGUUUAAUGCAAGUAUCCAGCAUCUGCAGUUUUUUGUGACUCCACCUAUCAUUUCAGAAGUGUCUCAACCUGAAACGUUACCCAUUCCUUCUCCAUAGAUGCUGCCUGUCCCGCUGAGUUACUCCAGCAUUUUGUGUCCAUGACAAAGACUUGCCAGGCUUUAUCCAGCCCCCAUAUCUCUUUUCCCGCUUCCUAAUCCUAAUCCCACCCACUCCAAUCAGUCUGAAGAAGGGGCCUGACUCAAAACGUCAUUUUAUGGCGGCACCUGGUGGCAACCCAUGGGCACAUCGAAACAUCGGCUCUAGAGGGCGGCGUCUUGGUGUUGGAGGAACUAGUCACGGGGUCGGUACCUGAGUUGGUAUUUAAGGCCGGGCAACGCCCGUGUCCAGGGAGGAGCAGGGAGUUGUAUUGGAGAGAAUAAACAUGUCUUGUGCACACAA